AUGUCGACUAGUAUUACAAAGGAAGUGGAAGUUCAGUGCACCACAAAGCCAAACUGGCUUCAACUUCCAAUAGAUGUCACUGCUAACAUACUCUUCAAGCUUGAUACAUUUGAAAUACUCAAGAGUGCACGUAAUGUGUGUUCUCUUUGGUGGAAAAUUUGCAAAGAUCCUGUCAUGUGGCAAACCAUUCACAUGGACAAUUUCGAUAUCGUCUGUUUACCACAUCGUCGAAUUCCUGGUUAUUUGGCGAAGAUUUGUCGCUAUGCUGUUGAACUAAGUUGUGGUCAUUUAAAAGACAUUUAUAUUUACAGAUUGGCUACGGAUGAUCUCCUCAAAUACAUUGUUGAUAGGGCAUGUAACUUAAGAUGCAUACGGCUUGUUGAUUGCAAUAAUGUUUCAAGCCAAGUAUUGAUUGAACUUGGAAUGAAGCUUCCAUUGUUAGAGGAACUUGACAUUUCAAUUAGUAUGUUUAGUGGAUAUUGCCUUCCUCAGAAAUUGAAGGAAUUCAAUCGACUGCCAUAUGAAAUCACUGUCACAUGUAAUUAUGACGCGUUUGUGAUUGCAAAAUCGAUGCCUGGAUUACGUCGUCUUAAUAUUGGUGGACAUCCUCUUGACAAUGUAGGGUUGCUUGCUAUUCUUGAUGGAUGUCCUCGUCUUGAAUUUCUUGACCUUAGAGGAUGUUUCAAUCUUAAGUUUAGUGAAAAUUUGGAGAAAAGGUGUCAUGAUCAGAUCAAAGAUUUACUACUUCCAGAUGAUUUAUUAGAUAAUGGUUGUUGGUGGGAAUGUUGGUUAGAUUACAAAUGUGAAGAUUGUAGAUAG